GUCUACGAAAUUUCCAUUGAGUUUGGCAGUGGCCGGAAGGAAAUUUUCACUACGGUAUCGUCUGUGUACACAUGCAUUUCCCAAGCUCUUUAAAUCUUUAGAAACUAGCAAAUCAAGAUACAAUAUAGUGUUCUCAAAUUCGAAUAUGGCUUCUUCUUCUUCAUCUACUGUCUGGGUGUAUGAUGUUUUUUUGAGUUUUAGAGGAGAAACACGAAAAUCCUUUAUUGAUCAUCUAUAUGAAGAUUUGCGUCAAGCUGAAAUUAACACCUUUCGAGAUGAUGAAGAAAUCCGUAAAGGUGAGAACAUCUCUGAUGAGCUAUUGAAGGCCAUCGAGGGGUCCAAGAUAUCCAUCAUCGUAUUUUCCAAAACAUAUGCCCAAUCCAGAUGGUGUCUUGAUGAACUCGUAAAGAUUCUAGACUGUAAGAAAAAUUUGCAACAGAUGGUUCUGCCUAUAUUCUAUAACGUUGAUCCUUCAGAGGUUCGUAAACAAACAGGUGAAUUUGGUAAGGCAUUGACUCAGCAUCGACAACGAUUUGAUGAUCAAAAAGUUGAUGAGUGGAAAGUUGCACUCACUACUAUUGCUGAUUUGUCCGGGUGGGAUUUGCAAACCAUGACAAACGGGUAUGAAUCUAAGUUCAUCAAAAAAAUUACUGAAAAGGUAAUGCGGGAAGUGAAUCGUACAUACAUGAAUGUUGCAAAGUAUCCCGUUGGAAUUGAAUCUCGUUUGAGUGAUAUACUUCAUUUAUUGCGAACUCAAAAACAUAAUGAUGUCAAGAUGUUUGGAAUUUUUGGCAUGGGUGGUGUGGGAAAAACAACCCUUGCCAAAGCCAUUUAUAACUUGAGUUUUCAAAAGUUUGAAAGUUAUUGCUUUAUCGCAAACAUUAGAUCACAAGCUUCGGAUGGGUACAAUGGUUUAGUUCGUCUACAAGAGAAACUUCUUUGCAAAACACUGAACGGAAACAAACUUGAAAUAGAUAAUGUUGAUGAAGGAAUAAGUUUGAUUAAAGAAAGACUGCGAUCAAAAAGUGUUCUUAUUGUUCUUGAUGACAUAGACGACACUCGUCAACUAGAAUCAUUAGCAGGACAACGAAAUUGGUUUGGUUCAGGGAGCACAAUUAUAAUAACAACUAGAGAUGUUCAGUUGUUGAGUGACCUGGAAGCACAUGAGAAGUACAUGGUAGAAACGUUAAGCCAUGAUGAAUCCUUGCAACUCUUGAGUUGGCAUGCUUUUGGUGUUCCUAUACCAUUAGAGGAGUAUAUUGAACUAUCCAAGAGGAUAGCAAGUUAUACGUGUGGACUUCCACUCGCACUUACAAUUAUAGGUUCUCAUUUGCGUGGCAAAUCAGUGCAAGAAUGGAGUGAUGAUGCUGAGAAAUUAGAAGGGAUACCUCAUGAUGAUGUUCUAAAAAUUCUUAAAAUAAGUUAUGAUUCACUUGAUGAUGAUACUCAGAAUAUCUUUCUUGACAUUGCUUGCUUUUUUAUUGGGCAAAACAAAAAUGACACUUCUAUGAUAUUGGAAGCUUGUGGUUUUUAUGCUAAAAGUGGAAUAAGAAUUUUGAUUGAAAGAUGCUUGUUGACAACAUAUGGAGGUGGAAAGUUUGAAAGGCUUCAUAUGCAUGAUUUAGUACGAAAUUUGGGAAGAGAAAUUGUUCGAAAAGAAUCUCUACGAGAGCCAUGCAAACAAAGUAGAUUGAUUGACCCAAAGGAUGUCUUUGAUGUUCUUCACGGGAACAAGGGCACAAAAGCAAUUGAAGGGAUGAUUGUAAAUUCUAACAUGUUAAAGAAUGUGCCUUUGAAUACUCAAAUAUUCAAAAAGAUGGUAAAGUUACGAAUACUCAUAUUGAAUGGUACGUGUCUUAGCGGAUCUUUUAAAUAUUUAUCUAAUGAGCUCAGGCUGCUUAGAUUACACAAUUGCCAUUUGAGUUGCAUACCAUCUAAUUUUCGCUGUGAGAAACUUGUUGAGUUAGACAUGAAAGGUAGCAAUAUCAAAGAAUUCCAAUGCAAUAUGCAGCAUUUUAGAUGCUUGAAGAUCUUAAAGUUUGAUUAUUGUGAACAACUUAAGAAAACACCAAACUUUACUGGGGCACAUACUCUUCAAAAAGUAUCCUUUUACGGGUGUUCAAAUUUGGUCAAGGUACACCCAUCAAUUGGAUGUAUGGAGAGACUUGUUGAAUUAAAUUUCUUUUAUUGCAAGAAACUCAAGGUUCUUCCAAGUAGCAUUUGCAAGUUAAAAUCACUUGAAGUUUUAAGGUUGAGUUUUUGCGUAAAACUGAUGGAGCUUCCAAUUGACUUGGGAAAAUUAGAGUUACUAAGAGAGUUAGAUGCUUAUGAAACUGGCAUCUCACAUAUACCAUUUUCUUUGGGAUGUUUGAGAAAUCUAAAGGAACUGGAUAUGGGAAGAAGUUGUUAUCUUCAAAGCUUACCCUUUCGCCUUUGUCAUCUUUCAAACUUGAAAGAUCUUCGCUUGGAGGAUUUCCAAAAUCUUAGAAUACUUGUAGAACUUCCUCCUAAUUUGGUGGUGCUCUCUGCAAAAAAUUGUGUCUCAUUGGAAAAAAUAGUAAAUGUAUCAAACUUGAAGAAACUUGAAAUAUUGAAUCUUAAAAACUGUCAAAGUUUGGUUGAGCUUCCAAACAUGGAGAGUAUUUCAUCCUUAGAAGGGCUUGACAUAAGCAAUUGCAAUGCUUUGAGUAUUCCUGACAACUAUUUGCAUGAAGAAGAUUUUCCAAUUGCUCUUAGGAGUUUGUCCUCCUCGUUGAAUGAAAUAGAUUUAAUGGGAAGUUAUUAUCUUCAAAGUUUACUAUUAAGCCUUUGCCAUCAAUAUUCCAAUUUGGACGGUCUCUACUUGGACGAUCUGCAGAAUCUUAAAUCACUUCCACAACUUCCUCCUAAUUUGGAGAGACUCUCUGCAAAGAAUUGUGUCUCAUUAGAAAAGAUAGCAGAUCUAUCCAACUUGAAAAGACUUGAAUGGCUAAAUAUUCAGAACUGCAAAAGUUUGGUUGAGCUUUCAGGCUUGGAGAGUCUUGAAUCCUUAAAAUUUCUUAGGAUAGCAAAUUGCAUCAGUUUGAGGAUUCCUCCGAUUGAAAAGUGGUUCAAGGUACAUCCCAAAGAUGAUUGUGCCUAUAUUGAUGUGGAAGUAGAUGGCCGGGGUAGAAUAUCCUGCAGUUUUCAAUUGACGAAACCAUUCAUUGAAAUCCUGAUGAAUGUGAUUGAUCCCAGUGAAAUUGAUUAUGCUGAUGAUGGUCGUAAUAGAAUUUAUUUGAGUGUGAGAAGCAAAAGCAGUGGUGCUAAUUGGAUUCUAGUGGAACCCAAACAUAAGCAAAUGAAGCGGUGCUGGUUUGACUUUCUAAUGACAAUGAUGGGAGAAGAAUUGGAGGUGUAUGUAGAAGUCCAUGCUUGGCAGAAGAUAUUUUGUGUAUGUGAAAUACAUAGAAACAGCGAAGGGGAAGUGCGUUUCUUUCCAUCCACAGGGGGAUGCAUUCCUUCCUAUAAUAAGGAAGAUGGAGAGAAGAAGAGGAAAAGGAAAGUGGAGAUAGGUAGAGGCGGACAGAGGCGUUUCCUUCCAAUCACAAGGGGAUUGAUUCCUUGUGUUAUGACCCAGCUGGGACAAGAUGGACAAAGGAAGAGGAAAAGGAAGGUGCAGAUAGACAGAGGCGGCAGAUCUAUCCGCCAGAGGCGGUUAUAA